AUGACCGAAGAGGAAGUGGAGGACACUUCGCAAGGUCUAGAGGACGGUGGUCAAUCCACGGUGUAUGAGCUAAAAGAGGUGAAUCUAGGCACCGUAGAAGAACCGCGUCCGACUUUCAUCAGUGCUUCCCUCUCAGAAGGGGAUGAGAACAAAUACAUGAGUUUGCUCACCGAAUGCAGGGAUGUUUUCACCUGGUCAUACAAAGAGAUGUUGGGACUAGAUCUAAAAGUAGUAGUCCACCACUCGCGAUCAAACAGGGGAGCCCCAGUAGCGGGCAAGCCGUUGAUACUAUACAUUGUAGUGCAAGAGAAAUCACUGGGGGCACUAUUGGCACAAGAAAGAGAAAAGGGAAAAGAACGCGCUCUCUAUUACUUGAGUAGAACCUUAAAUGGAGUUGAGAUCAAUUAUUCCCCUAUAGAGAAGACGUGCCUUGCGCUCUUCUUCGCCAUAAAUAAGUUGAGGCACUACAUACAGGCCUUCACAGUCCCCUUAAUUGCGAAAGCCGACUCCAUCAAGUACGUCCUGUCCAGGCCGAUCAUCUCGGGACGUUUAGCCAAAUGGGAAUUCAUGCUUCAACAGUACGACAUUGUUUAUGUACCGCAAAGGGUAGUUAAAGGGAAAACAUUGGUUGACUUCCUGGCAGAUCACCCAGUUCCAUCGGAUUGGGAGUUAAGUGAAGACUUGCCCGAUGACGAAGUUCUUUUCAUAGAAACCUCAGGGCGAUGGGUCAUGUUCUUUGAUGGUGCAACAUGGAAAAGUGGUGCAAGGGCAGGUAUCGUCCUCAUUUUGCCAAAAAAUCACAUGCUCCCUUAUAGUUUCGCACUUGCCGAGUUAUGCUCAAACAACGUCGCUAAAUACCAAACCUUGAUAAUUGGUCUCCAAAUGACCUUAGAGAUUGGAUUGAUGGAAAAGUUUGAAAGUGUGACGUUGGAACAUGUCUUGAGGACAAAGAACAAGAAAGCAGGUGCCUUGGCAAACCUAGCCACUGCCUUAAUGGACUUGGAUAAUGUGCCCUUAAUAUAUCGCUUUGGCGGAGAUGGGUUAUACCUCUUGUUGGGACUGCAUAUGGGGAAACGAAUGUGA